AUGGAAGAGGGUGGGAGUAGUCACGACGCAGAGAGUAGCAAGAAGAUAGGGAGAGGGAAGAUAGAGAUAAAGAGGAUAGAGAACACAACGAAUCGUCAAGUAACUUUCUGCAAACGACGCAAUGGUCUUCUCAAGAAAGCUUAUGAGCUCUCUGUCUUGUGUGAUGCCGAAGUUGCCCUCGUUAUCUUCUCCACUCGUGGCCGUCUCUAUGAGUAUGCCAACAACAGUGUGAAGGGUACAAUUGAAAGGUACAAGAAAGCUUGUUCAGAUGCCGUCAAUCCCCCCUCCGUCACCGAAGCUAAUACUCAGUACUAUCAGCAAGAAGCCUCUAAGCUUCGGAGGCAGAUUCGAGACAUUCAGAACUCAAACAGGCAUAUUGUUGGGGAAUCACUUGGUUCCUUGAACUUCAAGGAACUCAAAAACCUCGAAGGACGCCUUGAAAAAGGAAUUAGCCGCGUCCGAUCCAAGAAGAAUGAGUUGUUAGUGGCAGAGAUUGAGUAUAUGCAGAAGAGGGAAAUGGAUUUGCAACACGAUAACAUGUACCUGCGAGCUAAGAUAUCCGAAGGCGUGAGGUUGAAUCCGGAACAGCACGGAUCGAGUGUGAUACAAGGAACAGCGAUUUACGAAUCCGGUGUGUCUUCUCAUGAUCAGUCGCAGCAUUAUAAUCGGAACUAUAUUCCAGUGAACCUUCUUGAACCAAAUCAGCAAUUCUCCGGUCAAGACCAACCUCCUCUUCAACUUGUUUAA